AUGCAAAGGAAUGCUGCCAAAGAUGCCGUUUCUUUACCGAGCCCUGACAGCAUAUGUGUUGAGACAAUAACUCCUAAGAUAGCUCCACUCGCUCGACUGCGACCACCUUGUCUGGACCCUGCAACUCUAGCCUCACUUUCGGCUGAGGAGAAAGCCGUUAAACUCCUCAUGAAACCAUCGAAUGCCUCGGCUGCGCCGGUGCCUGCAUCGGCUCUGUCGACUCGGCCAAGCGUUGGUAGUCGUUUGCCCAUCGGCAUGAGUCAACUUGGCGGUAGCGAACUCGACUUCGACGAGGUGGGGCGUGUGGUACGUUGUCUUACCGCGCCGAACGAAGCGACACAGUACAAUGCGGCCGCCUAUCUCCAGCAUCUCACCUUUCAGAAUGCAGUUGCCAAGGGUUAUGUUCGGUAA